CGGCCGGACAUGGGGGAAGGGGAACCGGAUUCGACACCGGCGACAGAGAAGAAAGGGACAGAGGAGGGGGAGAAGGAUGAUUUCGGCUACCGACUCUUCCCGGACCGGAAUAAGAAGCCGCAGAGCUUCCUGGUCCGCAGCCUCUUCACCUUCCACAACAAGUGCCAGCUGAUGCUGAGGCUGACCCUGGAAACGAAUCCAUAUGCUCGACUUCUCCUUGAGGCUCUGAAGCAAUCUGGUUGCACUGUCUUCAAUGACCGACACUUCUCUUGUGAAAACUGUGAUGGCUGUGUCAGUGGAGGUUUUGAUGCUGCCACAUCUCAGAUUGUUCUGUGUCAGAACAACAUUCGCCAGCAAUCCCAUAUGAACCGGGUGGUCACACAUGAAUUGAUUCAUGCAUUUGAUCACUGCCGUGCACAUGUUGACUGGUUUAAAAAUGUCAAGCACUUAGCAUGUUCAGAGAUUCGAGCGGCUAAUCUCAGUGGAGACUGUACUUUAAUGAAUGAAAUAGCCAGGUUUAAAUUUGGAUUGAAAGGGCACCAUCAGACUUGUGUACGAGACAGAGCAAUCCGUUCCAUUCUGGCUGUUAGAAAAGUUAGCAAAGAAACAGCAGAAAAAGCUGUGGAUGAAGUUUUUGAUGCCUGCUUCAAUGAUCUGGAACCUUUUGGAAGAAUUCCACACAGCAAAGCAGAUGCGAAACGUGCUUACAGAGACUUUCAGAACAGAGAUCGCUAUACUGCUAAUUUGUAAGGGGGGGGAACCACAUGGGAAAUUACAUUAAUAUCUGAUUUUUCAGUAACAUCUGGAGUUAUAGUGUAUGCCCACAGUGCUGAUGGAGAGGGCAGAUCUAUCAAACGUAUGAAUUAGGUUUUUAGACAUUUUUCAUGAGCCAACUCCCAUGGAAGUAAAUGGAGUAAAUGAACAAGACUAAAAGCAGUGUUUCCUCACCUGUUAUUCCAGAAAGGUUGUCUAGUAUGCCAAAUGACUUGUCAAAUACAAUUCAAUACAAUUUUUUCACUCUGAUUGACUAAGACUUGGUUUCUGAAAAUUUUGUUGUCACUGAAUAAAUCUUUUCAUAAAAUCUUCA